AUGGAAGAUGGAGGCGAUGUUUCAGCCGCUUCGGCCGGAGCAGGGUCCUCAGGCGAUGUUCCAGCUGCUUCAGCCGGAGCAGAUGCCUUUGAAGAUGAAGUUGAUUUGGAAAUCGGUGAAGAACAGAGGAAAGCCAUUGUGAAGAAAGAACCACAUCAACCAUCCCAAGCUGAAGUUGACGAACAUGAAAGCACUGGACAUGUUGUCCAUCGGAGCUGGUGCUUGCACUGCAAAAGGGCACGUGUGACUGCUGAUCGCCAUGUGCCUAAGGAACUUGAUGAGCCAGAAACGCAGUUGCCCACGCUGAGCCUGGACUACUUCUAUAUGAACCAGGACCAGGUUGCGGAUGAGGCGACCCUUCCGAGCAUUGUGGUGAAGUGCCACAAGACCAAGAGAUUUUGGGCGAGCGUUCUCCCGGGAAAAGGGGCGGAUGCGUUCGCAAUCGUUAAGGAGAUAAAGACCCACAUCGAAGUGCACUUGGUGGAAACCCCAGUAGAAGACCAUCAAGCCAAUGGGUUUAUCGAAGUGGGAGUGCGAGAGAUAAAACGACAAUGUCGUGCUCUCCUCAGCGACCUGGAGUUCAAGCUGGAAAGGAAGGUAGAUCCGGGCCAUCCACUUUUGGUUUGGCUCCCGCGGCAUGCUGCCUUUCUCUUGACGAGAUACCGAGUAGGUACUGAUGGAAAGACCGCUUUUGAGCGGACCUAUGGACGAAAAUGGCGGAUUCCGCUUGUGAGGUUCGGUGAAAGCAUCCUGUAUAGGCCGAGGGCCAAUCGUGGGGGCAAGAGAAAUGACCUUGCUCCAAGGGUAUCCAUUGGGAUGUACGUUGGAACUGGAAACAGAAAUUCAGACGUCUUUGUCAUGACGGAACGUGGAAUCAUGAAGGGGAACUCGAUCCAUCGACACCCACCUGACGAUCAGUUCAAACAUGAUCAGUUUGACUCGCUACGUGGCCUUCCUUGGAGGUUGCAAGAACGAGAACAUGGUGGACUGAGGAUCGCCCUUCCCGAUGUUGCAGCGCCUCGUGAAAGGCCUGCAGUGCAAGAAGUGAUCCCAAGGAACCUCUAUGUCACCAAGAAUGACUUGGAAAAGCAUGGGCACACACCUUUGUGUCCUGGAUGUGAAGCAGCAAUACUUGAGAUGCCAAGCCGAGCUCACAAUGCUGAGUGCAGACAAAGAAUCCAGAUCGAACUUGACAAGACUCCAGAAGGCAGGCGCCCAAGAGGCGCGGCUGCACCGCCUGAGGGUGGUGGGGCAGAAGGUGGUGAAGCUGCACCACCAGUUGUCCCAGGAGGGGAAGUUGAACAACCAGUCUUGCAAGACCGUGUUCCUUUGGAUGCGGAAAUGGAUGCAAGUGAGGCUGUUGGUGAACCACUGGUCGACACCGAUUUUCGUGGAGAACUCAGACAGAGAGAACAAGAAAGAGAAGGAAGCCCAAAGAGGCAGAAACAAGAACAAUCCCGAGGAGAGAAAAGGAGUUCACAAGUCGACGUUGAAGAUCUUUACAAUGAAUCUUCAGCUCAGGCUUCAGGGUCAGCCGGACCACCGGCACCGGAUGCUUCAUCUGGUGUUCCGGAAGGUGCUGCCGCUGCACCAACAAGUCCUGAGACAAACCAGGAGAUGCUACAUCUGUGUUCCUUGCUCAAAGAUGUGAUCGCAAAAGGGAAGGUUGCUGAGAUCUUCUCUCCACCGCGUGUGGCUGCACAAGCCCAAGUGGUCGGGCUAGCACCUGGCUUCUCGAUUGACUUGGAGACAAAGCGUGGUGAUGGAACUCACUGGGACUCGAGUAAAGAUGAACACAUUCGUGAUCUGUUUCAACUGCUUGACUAUGAGAAACCAGAGUUCCUCGGCGGCUCACCUCCCUGUGGGCCAUUCUCGAAGCUGCAAAACAUUGUGGAUGCGAAGGGCAAUGUUUCACCUGAAGUUCGAGCGCAGAGACUAAAAGAUGGUCGCAAACAUCUGCGCACGGCAGUUUCAGCGUAUGAGCAUCAAAUGAAUGCUGGAAGGUACUUCUACCAUGAGCACCCUAAAGGGGCCGCUUCGUGGGAAGAGAGAGCUGUGAAGAGACUGAGGGCAGAUGAACGGGUGUAUGAGGAGGAGUUUUGGAAGCAGCUGCCCGACAGCGAUGACACCAUCGUGGAGCCAGUGCUUGACGCACACUCCGGUGCUGUCUUAGAUGUUGACAAGGUCAGAGCUGCUCGACAAGAAGAACUAGCAUGGGUACACAAACAGGGUAUCUAUAUCAAAGUUCCACUCACAGAAGCCCAACAGUCUGGAAAACCGGUCAUCACCAUGAAAUGGAUUGACAGAAACAAAGGGGAUGCAACACACCCCAACUACAGGUCACGUCUGGUCUGUAGAGAGAUCAAACGGGCCAGCAAUGCUGACUUCAUUCCGGACUAUGCGUCCUUCAGUUCGAUGCCGCCUUUGGAAUCGCUGAAAUUGCUUCUAUCGCUUAUGGUGACUUCGAGACGAUCCAAGUCUGGCAAUGCACUGAAAGUUCGUCUUCUUGACAUAUCACGCGCUCACUUCUAUGGAGAGGCAGAGCGUGAUAUCUUCGUGCAGUUACCUGAAGGAGAUCGACAAGAAGGGUUUUGUGGCAAGCUCGUUAAGAGCAUGUAUGGAACACGCGAUGCAUCAGCGAUCUGGCAAAGAUCAUAUACAGAACUUCUCAUCCGAGCUGGUUUUGCCAAGAAUCAAGCUUGGCCAUCCUGCUUUUACCAUGAAGGUUACGGUGGUAUUCGAGUUCUUGUACACGGAGAUGACUUCGUGGUGCUUGCUGAUGAUGCUGGACAGAAAUACCUUGAGGACACCUUGAGGUCCAAAUAUGAUCUGCGGGUCGAUGGAUCGAUCGGUCCUGGAGAACGGCAUCAGCAGUUCGCAGUGCUCAAUCGAAUCGUGACCUACAACGAGCAGGAAGGCUCUGUAUCCUAUGAGGCGGAUCCCCGCCACGUUGACCAGAUGGUACGAGAUCUAGAAAUGGAAAACUGUAAGCCAGUCAAGACACCAUCUGAGAAAAUGUCAGCCACGGAGGCCAACUUGAAGUUGACCACCCCGACCAUCACACCGGACCGUGUAAGUUUCUUCCGGUCUCUGGUGAUGAGAGCGUCGUAUGUGGCACAGGACAGACCUGACAUCGCGGAGGCAGUGAAAUGCCUAUCAAGAAGAAUGCAUGAGCCCAAAGAAUCUGACUUUCAGGAUCUGAAACGCUAG